UGCCCGGCUGAAUCUUCUCGUCGUCUGUCUGCAUCUGCUGCACUCUGCUCUCAACCUCCCAGACUGUCUGUCACAGCUCUGUGAAUGUGUGUGAGUGUGUGUGUGUGUGCGUGAGUGUGUGUGUGAGUGUUGUAGAGAGACGGGGAGAGUGUGUGUGAGGAGAUUUAAGGAGAGACUAGAGAAAAGACACUGCAGAGGAGGAGAGCAGUGGCUUCUUGGUUUGUUUUUUGAGGAAGUUUGUUUCCUGACGGAGAGACAGUUUAGGGAAGUGAAGACUUAAUGAUGAUGAUGAUGAUGAUGAUGGGCUUCCCUCAGCCCCUGCGGGCUCAGGUGAGCCCCAGGCUCCAGACUGAGUGCUAGCCAUGCUGCGGCAGUCCAAUCCGACCUCCAGCACCUUGCAUCUGGUUGCCAACGAUAUGACCGGCAUCAUGGAGAACCUCGACACCCGCGAGCUCCACCUGGAAGAUGGAGAGUACGACACAACCGACGCCAACUCCCCAGCGGAGCAUUUGCCUUUCAUAGCGAUCUACAACACGGUGGGUUUCAAGGAGCCCGAGGCCAAAGUCUUCCUGUCCUCUCCGAUCACCGCCAAGAUCCUGGAGGUGGAGCGGUUCACUUCGGCUCAGGACCGCUUCAACAUCACUGCGCAGAGGAGCGUCAACAAGUCAAUGCCGUCGGUGUUUAAGAUUGAGCUGAAACACGGGGAGUUUACAUGGCUGGUGAAGAGGAAGGAGAAAAACUUUAUGGAUCUCCACAGAGAGCUGAGGACGUACAAGACCUUCCUGAGGCUGCCGCUGCCGUCACGCAGUCACACGGUGAAGAGGCAGACGGUGACGAGGAGCGAGGUGAGGGGGAUGCCGAACCUCCCCAGAGUAGGAGGAGACGAUCUGGGCAGAGAGGAUCAAGUUUCCAGUCGCAGGAAACAACUGGAAGAUUACUUGAAUAACCUGCUGAAGAUGCCGAUGUACAGGAGCUAUCACGCAACGAUGGAGUUCAUUGAUGUUAGCCAGCUGUCCUUUAUCCACGAUCUGGGACCGAAAGGCUUAGAAGGAAUGGUGCUGAAGCGAUCCGGCGGCCAUCGGAUCCCCGGGUUGAACUGCUGUGGUCGCAGCAAAAUCUGCUACCACUGGUCCAAACGCUGGCUGGUGGUGAAGGACUCAUUCUUGCUCUACAUGAAGCCGGAUUCGGGUGCCAUCUCCUUUGUGAUGCUGGUCGACAAGGAGUUCCGCAUCUUAAUGGACUCCAAAGACACGGAGACCAAACACGGCGUUCGCAUCGACAGUCUGUCCAGAUCAUUGGUGCUGAAGUGCAGCAGCUACAGACACGCCCGCUGGUGGGGUCAGGCCAUUGAAGGCUUCAUCCAGAAGCACGGCUCGGCCUUCCUCACCGACCACCGCUUCGGAUCCUUCGCCAGGGAGGAAGUGAACAUCCCCGCCAAAUGGUAUGUAAAUGGGAAAACAUACAUGGAGGAUGUGGCUGAUGCUCUUGAAGAAGCCAAAGAGGAAAUAUUCAUCACAGACUGGUGGCUGAGUCCGGAGAUCUUCCUGAAGCGGCCGGUUGUCGACGGCAACCGCUGGCGUCUGGACUGCAUACUGAAACGCAAAGCGCAACAAGGCGUGCACAUCUUUGUGAUGCUGUACAAGGAGGUGGAGUUAGCUCUGGGCAUCAACUCAGGAUACAGCAAGAGAACGCUGCUGCACCUUCACCCCAACAUCAAGGUGAUGCGUCACCCAGACCACGUCUCCUCCACCGUCUACCUGUGGGCGCAUCACGAGAAGAUCAUCGUCAUCGACCAAUCGGUGGCCUUCGUUGGUGGGAUUGACCUGGCGUACGGUCGCUGGGACGACAGGGAACACCGGUUGACGGACAUCGGGAGUGUUACACGCUCACAGUUGGAGCAGGCUGAAGCUGCCUCUUCCAAUAUGGCUGCCCCAGCCAACGGCAGCAGCGCCGCCUCCCACAGUAACGGGAAGGGCAUUUUUACAGUGACGGACUCAGUGGACCAGCCCAAGCUGAAAGGUCAGGGGAGGAUGAAGAGGACCAAGUUCAGCAUCAAGAAACAACUGCAGAAACACGGGCUCGCCCAGGCUGACAGCAACAGUGACCAGGAGAACGAAGAGAGAAGCGGCUCAAUGCGUAGUCUACAUACGGGGGUCGGAGAGUUGUUUGGAAACGCGCGGUUCUGGCACGGAAAAGACUACUGCAACUUUGUGUACAAGGACUGGAUUCAACUGGACAAACCGUUCGACGAUUUCAUAGACAGACACACAACUCCCAGAAUGCCUUGGCACGACAUCGCCUCAGUGGUUCAUGGGAAAGCGGCUCGAGAUGUGGCCAGACACUUCAUCCAGCGGUGGAACUUCACCAAGCUUGUGAAGCCAAAGUACCGUUCUCUGUCGUACCCGUGUCUGCUGCCCAAGUCUCACACCACCGCUGGAGAGCAGCAAUACCAAGUCCCCAACUGCAUCCCCGCCAAAGUGCAGAUCCUUCGCUCAGCCUCUGACUGGUCCGCUGGCAUCAAAUACCAUGAGGAGUCCAUCCACAACGCCUACGUCCACACCAUCCAGAACAGCCAACACUACAUCUACAUAGAGAAUCAGUUUUUCAUCAGCUGUGCAGACAACAGACACGUUUUCAACAAGAUAGGAGACGCUAUUGCCGAGCGCAUCAUCAGAGCAUUUAGGGAGGGUAAAAGGUACCGAGUGUACGUGGUGACGCCUCUGCUGCCAGGCUUCGAAGGAGACAUCACCACCGGAGGGGGCAGCGCCAUCCAGGCCAUCAUGCACUUCAACUACAGGACCAUGAACAGAGGAGACCACUCCAUCAUCUCCCAGCUCAGGAGAGAGAUGGGAGAGCAGUGGAUAAACUACAUCUCUAUCGCUGGUUUGAGGACUCAUGCUGAGCUGGAGGGGAAGCUGGUCACCGAGCUCAUCUACGUCCACAGCAAGAUGCUCAUCGCUGACGACAACACCGUCAUAAUCGGUUCUGCCAACAUCAACGACCGGAGCAUGCUGGGAAAGAGGGACAGCGAGGUGGCGGUGAUCGUGGAGGACUCCGAGACGGUGACGGCGGUGAUGGACGGGCAGAAGUACCAAGCUGGAAAAUACGCCCUGCAGCUCCGCCUCGAGUGCUUCAAGACCAUUUUGGGCGCUCACACAGAUCCCUCCAUCGACGUGUCGGAUCCCGUCAGCGACCAGUUCUACAAGGAGGUCUGGAUGUCCACCUGCGCUCGCAACGCCAACAUUUACCAGAAGGUUUUCCGCUGUCUGCCGUCCAGCGAUGUCCGUAACAUCCUGGAGCUGGAGGGCUACCGGGCCAAGUCAGGUCUGGACAAGGAGGACCCGGCCCGGGCUCACGAGGAACUGAAGAAGAUCCGCGGCUUUGUGGUCCAGUUUCCUCUUCAGUUCCUGUCAGAGCAGAACCUGCUUCCUCCCAUCGGCUCCAAGGAGGCCAUGGUGCCCAUGGAGGUCUGGACCUGAGAUAGAGGGACUCACCUGUGAAUUCAUGUGUUCACGCACAGCAUAUGGAGGACUUACAGGUCUAUAAUGCCCACUGUGGUGCCAUUUUAGAGGUCCGACUGGCUGAAAACUAGCUCAUGGCUCAAAAAAAUCUGGUACUGUUUUAUUUAUUCCCUUUAAAGUAAUUUUAUAGUUACAAAAACAACAGUAUGUAAUAUAUCUGUCUUGUGGCUUGUAGUCACAUGAGAGCGUAAACAUUGGUGUCAUCACUAAAAAGGUUUUUUGCCCUGAACAGAGCCUCCCAGGCAAUGGCUUUUCUUGAGCUUUGUACUACAGUGGUUCCCAACCCCUGGUCUGCAGACCGGUACUGGCCCAUCGAACAUUUGCUACGAGAAAACAGUGCAAUUUGGGCCACACACACAAAAAAACUGAAUAAUAAUAAUAUAUAUAACUAGGGUGUUUGUGCAAUAAAAACCUUGAAGUUGGUGCAGUCUGUGUUGUCUGUGCUGCAUCUUUCCUCAUCAGUCCCUGACACCCCCACAACAACGUUAUACUGGUCUGAACUAAAUAAACAAAAACUUGGCCGGAGAGAUAAAAGCGUUUGGUUAUAAGAUGCAAAUGUCUUACCUACUUACAGCCUUACUUUUAUUAAAAUAAAAAUGUUCCACAGUGCAGAACCGGUUGGGAACCCCUGAUGUACUGGACUGUUAAAGGAAAACUGAAAUUGUAGCUCCACCAUUGGUUCUUUCGGUUAUGACAACAUUAUCCUUACCAACUUUGUUCAAGUGGGCUUCAAAUAGAAUUCAACCAAAAAAACUAAAUGUUACCCAGAAUGUCUGAUGUAAACAUCCAUCAGUUUACAGACAGACUUUGUGGUUCAGCUCUGACCUACUGUACUUACUGUAGUUGUGGUCACAGUUUCCCUUCAAUGAGGGAUUAUUACCAACAUUUCAAGUGCGUUCACUUUGUUUGACCUCCAAAAAAGUGGUUUAGAUAAUCUGGAGAAACUGUUUUUAACGCUGUGGCCACACAAAGAUUUCAGCCCAAUAGGACCAAUAACUGGAGAUUCUGCCUGUAACCCAGAGCUUCAAAUGCUCUCAUUAUUUAGGAGAAGAGAAUAAGAGACAGUUCACUGUUUUACUGUUUACUGUAGCAUUAGCAGCCAAAACGACUUCCAAAAUGGUGUCAGCUGUGGUUGUGACAAAGCCUCUGUACCAGCAGUGCCACUGAAUGCACAUGAACAACAUUACACUCACUAAAAUAUCACACAGAUACAAACAGACACAGUAUCAUUGGAAAAACAUGGAGACUCUCAGAACUGAUAUGUACACACAGUACAUUGUUUUAAACAGAUGCAACACACAUACAAACAUGGAGAGGAGCAGACCAGCAGACGGAGCGCUGACAACCCGAGCCUCGUGUUUACAAGAAGUAGUAAAGGAAAAAUUGAAGUGAUCAGCUCUGAGGUCUGACACGCCUCCUCCUGGCCUCUCGCCACCAAACUAUUACUCUGAUCUCUCCUCUUUUUAAAAUGGCUCGCUUCUUCACUCUCCAACAACACUAUGCAACGUCCGAGGCCGGCAAACACAGCUCUGACUCUGUGUUGAGAGAGGACUGUUUGAAAAGACACCAAAAGAUACUUUAGCGAAGACAGCAGUGCAGAGGUGGGGAUGAAGAGCCGGAUGGGGCUGUCGGACGUCUCCAGCCAUUUUAAACUCGUCUCUGAACCCCUGCUUUAAUAUUUAUGUCAAACAGGAAAUCACAAGUGCCAAAGAUGAGAGCGUAGCCUGAUGUUAAUGCAGUACAUACAUUCAUUUACAUUCCUCAUACUGUGGAUUCUACAUUAAGCCUUAAGUGACCUGUUUUUAUGCUCUGAUCUGUAGUUCCUAUGGUUAUGCUUUAUUUUACGUCUGUAAGUUCCUGGGAAACAAACUGCUGUAAUUAGUAAAGUAAAUAUUCAUUUGUUAGUCAUUUAUUUUUGGAAACUUUCUUCUGCAUAUAAUAGUUAAAUUGUAUUUUGCCUGUAGACAGAUUUUACACGUUUGCAUGUUUAGCUGACCUGCUGUGCACUGACAGUCUUGAAAUUACACUAGUAGUUAUUCAGAAUGAAUACCUGAAAGUGUGUACAAGUAAUUAUCCUUUCCAGGAAACUGCCAAGAAAGUACAGACUUGAAUAAAGCGUUACUGUUCUUAUUUUUUUUAACUACAUAACCCACAGAUUCCUGCAUGAUAAGAUUACAAUACUGCGUUUCAUUCGCUGUCAGAAGGCGGAAAUUCUUAAGCAACAGACGACUUUUAUUGAAUAUUGGUUUGUUAAGUAAAGUUUUAGCGGCUAUAAGUGCAAAUUUUAUUACACCUUUAGCUCCCGGAUGUUUCUGUACAUUUAAAGACUCAAUUGAUUUUUUUUUUUUGCCAACUGAAAACAUAAUUUUGACAUUUUAUAAAAGUUGUUGGGGUGAACUUGUUAGCAAACAGUUGCCUAUUUACACAACCAGCAGACGUGCAGCAACAUGAUCCUUCAUGUGGAGGCGUGUUUGUGUCACCUGAUGGACGGCAGUCCGGUCUUCUCUCCGUCAGCUCUGUGUUUGGUCUCCAGCAGCUCCUGAGGGAAAUAUCCGGCUCUUCAGCUGCUAAACGCUCCACUAUGUUCACCAGCUGCUCUCUGACUGUGUCGGUCAGCUGUUUGCUGAUGAGCAGCUCGUGUUCAGUGGUUUUUUAAAGCUCUUUUGCUGAAAACAGCUGCUCACUACAUCUGGAAACAACUGAUCACUGAGACUAAAUCAAAACAACUGUGGUGUAAAACCAAAAUGAAGAGCUUAAAUAUGCUAAAAACGCACAGUAGUGUUGUGUGUUCGUCACUAUGAGUGGCACCUUUCAUAUUACAUUUGCCAGAUGGCCAGAAACACAACUCCACAUGAAUGCUAAUGUCGCUCUGUCUCUGCUGAAUGUGUAAAUAAGCAACCCUUAGCUUUGCAAGUUCACCAUAUCAACUUAAAAAUGAUCGUGUCAGUUUCCAGUUUGUUUCUGCUGCCCCCCAGUGGCAGGUUUAAGAUCUUGAUUAGUACUAUAAAACCUCAAAGCUACACUAAACAUCAAAUUCAAGUUUACCAGUUAUUUAAAAAGUUAAACAAUGGUGUGUAGCCUUCACAUUGUAAACGCCAUGUUGACAUCAGAUCAUCAGAAUUUGUAUUUUAAAAAAAAAAAAAAAACCUUGUGGUUGCGUUUCCUUCUGGUUCUCUGAUAUUUCUGGAACGCAGCGUCAGUAUUCCUCAGUGUCUUCCUUGUUGGUCUGUAAGUGAUCUGCAUGACGUGGUUUUGUGCUAUAAAUUUUACCAAAAAAAAAAACCAUGAGAUGAUACGCUAGCUGACAGCAGCUUGUUGCCAUUAAACAUUACAGAUAAAAGCAUGAA